UCUCAUGCCAGCUUGUGGAGCAUGGGUACAACUGCCAGCGCCGCACCACAGCCUGUUUCUGUAGCGUCGCCGCUUGAGAGUGUCCAUGGCAACGGGAUGGCCGACAGCAGGCAGUCUCUGAGCAUGAGCCCCUUCCAGACGGUCAACAUCCACAACAACAAGGCCAAGUCCAUUAUCACCAACAAAGUCGCACCUGUCGUCAUCACGUACAACUGCAGACAGGAGUUCCAGAUCCACGAUGACAUCCUCAAGACCAACUACAAAGUGGGCCGGAUAUCGGACGCCAUGCCCGAGCACUACCUGGUGCAGGGUGAGUACUUCAUGGUCCAGGAUGUGUACAGCAAGGCAGAUGUCCUAAACACCACCGGCAGCUACGGCGCCCCCAACUUCCGCCAAGUGAAGGGAAGCCACCCCCUGUACGGGAUGGGCCAGCCCAGCCUGAACGGCUUCAAACAGGUCCUGCAGAGGCUCCAGGCUCAAGGGCACGAGGAGAUCAUAUUCUUCUGCGUGAGAGAGGAGCCGGUGGUCUUCCUGCACAAGGACGACGACUUCAGGCCGUACACCCCCAGGAGGAAGGAAAACCUGCACGAAAACCUCCACGGCCUUGAAAGGGAGGAGAUGGCGGAGAGCCUGGAGCUCACAAUCAGGAAGGAGCUGCAUGACUUCGCCAAGCUCAACGAGAACGUCUUCUACGUCUACAACGACAUCGAGUUCUUCAAAGACGAGCCGCAGAAGAUCUCCAUCGUGUGCGAGGAGGACAUCCACGUGACGGAGGAGGUCUACAAGCGGCCCAUGUUCACCAUGCCAGCCUACAGGUACUACAGAUUACCGCUACCGAUGGAGGGAGCGCCGUUGGAGGAGGACUUUGACGCCUUCGUCAACAUACUCAGGGAGAGCCCCAGCCUGUCUCUGGGCGGCACCGAGGCGUCCCGGCAGCCGCCGGCUCUGCUCUUCAGCUGCCAGGUGGGCGUUGGACGCACCAACCUGGCCAUGAUCCUGGGCACGCUGGUCAUGAAUCGCCUCGGAAGGGAUUCGCAACCGUCGCCGCAGGUUGAGGAGGCGAUCGCUCCCGAGCCGAAACCACUAUUCCAGGUCAUCCAGUCUCUGAUCAACAAGCUGCCCAACGGACAGCAGGUCAUGGAGGAGGUGGACCAGGCCAUCGCUCUGUGUUCAGAAAUGCACAACAUCAAAGAAGCAAUAUAUGAGAACAAGAGCAAGCUUGAAGGGAUCGGGGAAGAUUAUCAAAUUCAGGGAAACAGUACCAAAGACUACUUCCUACACAGAACCAUGCAGAGCUUGGAGUGCUACUUUUACUUGAUUGUAUUUAAUGCAUACCUUCACGAGCAGUAUCCUCUUGCCUUUGUGUGCAACUUCAGCCAGUGGAUGUGUUGCCACGCCUGGCUGUACAGGCUCCUGGCCUGCAUGGACCUGUCGGAGCUGUCGGCGCCGGCCGAGCUGGUCACCAAAGGAGCCCGGAUCCUGGUUGCCGAUGAGUACUUGGCUCCCGACGUGCUCAGCACGGCCAAGGAGAUGAAGGCGGUCAACUUCAGACGAGUGCCCAAGAUGCCGGUUUAUGGGGUGGCUCAGCCGACGGCAGAGGCUACCGGGGCGGUUCUGGCCCAUUUGACGGAUGAGAAGAGGAAGCACAGCCACAUGUUGUGGGUCAACUUGCAGGAGGAGUUGGUUUUAGAAGGAAACGGGCAGAUUUUCACGCUGAGGGAGCCUUCGUGUCUGGACCAACACAUCCCCGUCCCGUCCUCUGAUGCCUUAGAGAAACUGGAGACGUCCCUGAAGGAGGAAGUCCUGCGGGCCCAGAAGUGGCUGGAGGUGAUGCUGGAGCAGGAGAAACAGAUGAAGAUGUUUAAAAGCUGCCUGACGGUGCAGGAGAUUUUCAACCUGCACAAAAGCUCCCACCAAGGCCUGGUGUACAAACGCAUCCCUCUGCCAGACUGCAGCGCGCCCCGGGAGGAGGACUUCGAUAAGCUCCUGGAGGCCAUGAAGAGUGCCUUAGCUGAGGAUUCCCACUCAGCCUUCGUUUUCAACUGCUCCAAUGGCAAAGGCCGGACGACCACCGCCAUGGUCGUCUCCGUCCUGACUCUCUGGCACUUUAACGGUUUCCCAGAAUUUGCUGAUGAUGAGAUUGUGAGUGUUCCUGAUGCCAAGUACACAAAGGGAGAAUUUGAGGUGGUGAUGCAGCUGGUGCGUCUGCUGCCGGACGGCCACCGGAUGAAGAGGGAGGUGGACAUGGCCCUGGACUCGGUCAGCGAGACCAUGACGCCCAUGCACUACCAUCUGAGAGAGAUCAUCAUCUGCACCUACAGACAGAUCAAAAGUGGUAAGACGGAGAAGGAGUGCCAGCAGCUGCUGCUGAGGAGCCUUCAGUACCUGGAGCGCUACAUUUACCUCAUCCUCUUCAACACGUACCUGCAUCUGGAGAAGAAGGACUCCUGGCAGCGCUCCUUCGCCCGCUGGAUGGAACAGGUGGCUGCCAGAGCCGGAGUUUAUGACAUCCUCAACCAGCUGGGCUUCUCCGAGUUCGAGAACCCGAGGGACACGCCGCUGGCUCGACUGCGGUGCCGCUGGCAGCAGCAGAACAUUCAGUCACUUCCUUUCCGAGGGGAGUUCGUGUGAGAAAGGAUCACUGUGAACGAGCCGGAGCAGCACUGUCCUUCACAGACAUCCACAAUAACAUGGCUAUGGCUUCAGUAUUUACCCUCCGUAUUAUGUAUAUCCUCACGUCAUCAGCUUUUCUUGUUUAUUUUUUUAAUUUCGAGCUCACUGACAUUGUUAAAAGUUUUUAGAUGUUUUAACAUGAAGAGAAACGUCGCUCCUGUAUGAGAAGUUAAUAUUUGUCAAACGCAAGACUGGGUGUCGAUUUUUCUAGUUGCCUUUACUUGCGGCGGCCUUUAAAGUCUUGAGUUUGAACCGAACACGAGUUGAUCUGCCGCAGAAGAGACGUGAGCGCCGCUUUGUUGUCAGCCGGCAGUUUCGCUCGCAUGUCACAACAGUUUGUUGUCGCCGGAACUCGUGUUUUUCAGUUACCUUUUCGUUUCUUCUCGCCGCAGCUGGUUUUACUCGCUGUGAAUGAAUUCCACUCGAGGAUCGUGAGGAGAGUCCCUUUGUACAUAUAUAAUCUGUUAUUUAAAGGUUAAUGGGUCCUUGAACGCUUGUCUUGAGUGGAGUUCUCGGACGGGAGUGUUGUGCAAGACGCUGUUGGCCACAGUUUCUAAUUUUAACAUUUCGGCCGCAGCUAAGUGUCCCUGAGUUGUGCCUGUUUGUUUUUACGCUUAAUGACAUGGUGUCAUGAUACAGGUACUAACAUGUCAGGAAUUCCUCUUAGAUUUCACCGUAAAGCUCUUUAUGUUGCUCUGUAUGAGUGUUUCGAACAUUUUGCAAGCACUAUUUUUCAUAUAUGAAUUAGAAUAACUACGAUGUAUUGUAGGGCAGAGUUCAAGUACGUAUGAUCAGUAGGAGUUAAUGUAGCGAGAACUUGGCAGUAUCCAGCACAACCAUGCAUUGAGCUUCCCAGGUCAAUAAUUUCCCUUUUUUUUUUUUUUUUUUAUUGACUUCCUUUGCACAGACUUCAUGAUCCUCCAGCCAAUAAAUUGUUACAAUUUCUAUAAUGUCAUCGGCCUGUCGGCGGGAAUCAGAAUUAUACGUCUGACCUGCAGAUUUAUGGUUGGAGACAGCGCAGUCCGCAAAUACCUGGGGUUAAAGAAAACACACGGUAUCAAUUGAUGCUGGUCAAGUAUCCCCUGACAUUAAGCAAAGCUUGUGUUUGGUGGCGUGGGUAAACGUUACGGCGGCGGAACAAUAGAAAACAAUAGCAGCUUUUAUAGCGGUAUCAUUAGUUGUCAUUCAAACAGGGUAACAGUGAGAGCAUUGUCUCCACUGAGCGUGUGCCAGUUACGGUUCAGCGUGCCUACAGCCACUCCAGAGCUUUUACUGUACAGUAUUUCUUUAAUUUCCUAACACUUUAAUUGUUUUGUUCAUUUUUUUUUUUUAAACAAAAAAGCUUUGCCAAUAUGUCUUUAAUUGCAGAGUAACUUGUAACUCAAAAUGUGCUUUAAUUAUGAAUCCUGCCUUAAUAAGAGAAAGAUAAGCCAGAAAAAGGAGUCA